AGUUGCACCUGGGCCCGGAGCUGCUGCGCGCCCAGGGAGGAGCCCGGCCGACAAACACACUCGCCGCUGGGGAGGUGGAGGAGCGAGCCCGGCCAGAGAGGCCCGGACCCCGGUGCUUGAGAGAGUCAGUCGGAGCUUUUGGGAGUCACCAUGUCGUACCCCAGUGCUCCCCCGCCCUAUGACGACAAGAAUCCCCUCUACCCCCCACAGCCCGGGGGCCACCCACAGCCCGGAGCCUAUCCUGGGGGCUACCCACAACCUGCACCCUAUCCCGGGGGCUACCCGCAACCUGGAGGGUAUCCUGGGGGCUAUCCACAGCCAGGAGGAUAUCCCCACCCAGGUGUACCUCCCAUGUCAACAGUCCCGAUGAACCUAGGGGACAGCUACGGCAGUGGUGGCUCAGGGGAGGAGGACGGGCUGAGAGCAAGCACUUGGGACGACAAGAGUGUGCGACACACCUUCAUCCGCAAGGUCUACACCAUCAUCUCAGUCCAGCUGCUGGUGACCGUGGGCAUCAUCGCCGUGUUCACCUUCGUGAAACGCUUCCCCUGGAACCUCAUCCUGCUGAGCAUCUUUACGCUGGCCAUGGCCUUCAUGACGGGAGCCAUCGCAAGCUGGUAUAAGACCGAAGCUGUCCUGAUCACCAUGGUGAUCACUGCCAUAGUGGCCAUAAUUGUCACCGUCUUCUGCUUCCAGACCAAGGUGGAUUUCACGUCCUGUACCGGGCUGUUCUGUGUGCUGGGGAUUGUCGUCACGGUGACGGGAAUAAUCACCGCCAUCGUCCUCUCCUUCACAUAUGUUAAGUGGCUCCACAUGCUGUACGCGGCCAUUGGCGCGAUCGUCUUUACCCUGUUCCUCGCUUACAACACCCAGCUGGUGCUGGGGAACAGGAAGAACGCGAUCAGCCCCGAGGAGUACGUCUACGGAGCCAUGGAGAUCUACAUGAACAUCGUCCAGAUCUUCAUCUUCCUACUGCAGAUCGUGGGCCGGAGUUAGAGCCUCCCCGGGCCCAGGAGUGCUCCGGGAGCACCUUGCCGCCUUCCUUUUCCUCAUCCUUUCCUGCUCCCCACCCUGGCGUGUCUCUCCCAGGCCAACGGCCUCUGGUUUCCCUUCUCACCUGGGGAGCCCAGCGUGGCUGCUCAGAGGGGUAGCAGGCGAGACUGGCCUGUCUGCCCUGCAGAAUAACCAGGCUUUGCCCGCAAAUGAAGCCAGUGUCAGCUGAUUUCUGCGUGCCCUGUUAAUUGCUCCGCUACCCUCUGUGCCCCCACGUGGCCUCCUGUCUUUCUUCUCUCCCCACAUUGCCCCCAGGGAUGUGUCAAUACACUGAGUUCAUCUCUUGCAGGGGUGUGUUCAUGGCAUUGCUUCCAAUCCCGGAUCCUCUAGGCAGAGCUCCCAGGGAAGUGAGAAAUCCAAGGGCAGCCCCUGCCUGGCUGCGCGGAUCCCUGGGCCCAUGACUGCGUUCUUUGCCAGUGGGCUCCCUCUAUUUCGGCUGCCUGGCGACAGGCUCCAUCCCCUUCUCUUGCCACGUGCCCACGGGGAGGAACGUUCCUUCAUGUCACCAAAUCCAGAUCCACCCAAAGGAGAGCAGAAAGCCAGGGGCUUAGUCCUCGCUCCGCUCUGAACCAAGGGGUGCAGGUUCCCUCCGCCCUGCAGAGCGCCCUCCGAUGGGGAGGAGCAGCAGGGGCUGCAAUCAAUGCACUGAGAUGAUUUUAAAGUGGAGGGAGGAUUUGUCAUCUGUCAGUGCUUUUCAGUUCCAGCAGGGUUUUCACCCUCCCUGUGAAUACAGAUCAGCUCAGGCUUCAGGUCGAACACCAAUGCCUUGGGGCAGUUACAUGGCUUAAGCUAGCCUUAUGUUAAGUAAAAAAACCAAAAAGAUCUACUUAGCCACAGGCUGGGAAGGAGAAACGUACAGAGGCAUGACCCAUGCUAGUGCUCAGAUUUUUGCUGUUUCUAAUUCAAUGUCUUUUAUCCUUGGUAAGCAAAGGGGUUUGUAUCGAGCUGCCAUAUUGUAUAUUUGACUAGUCCGGAAAGCCAAAGGGCCUUGAAAUAACAUUGUUUGACAUGGGGGGAGGCGAAUGGCACACGGGGAAUUGCAAAGCAGCAGUGCUGUGUACACUGCUCGUGCUCUCUACUAAGAGAUUCGCUUAUUGCAGGAGGAAACAACACGGGAAUUCUAGAGGCUGGAACAGGUGCUUUAAAUGGGGGCAUCUCUCCCUGCUUCUACCUGGAGGAUGGGGCGGAAAUACUGUGUUGGAGCCCUCUGGCUCCCCCGGGGCAGUGCUGGUGAAGGGGGUGGGGGGCAGCAGCUGAACCCGGAGCCGGUUCCCAGUUCCUCAUGGGAAGAGCAGGCUCAGAGCAGGGCGGCUGGAUCAGAAUCCCCAGGCGAACGCCCUAAAGUGCAGGGUGUAGGGAGGGGAACUGGGGGUGCAGCCAGCAUUAACCCUUUGUGCCCCUUCCACGACGCUAGCGGCUUAGGUCAGCCUUGUUCACUCAGUGCCUUAAAUCCCGAUGUUCCCGGCAGAUGAUUUGGGGUCAGCCCAGCACAUGGAAGGGAGAACAGCCUGUCCUGGAUGCCGGCCUUGGAGGCAGAGCCCAGCUCUGUCCUGGCUGAGGGUGGGGGCGUUAGCCAGCUGGGGUUAGCUUUGCUAUGCAAAGGGCUGUCGGGUGCGCUGCAGAGGUUAGUGGAUUGGCUCAAUGGUCCUCCCCUUGAGGACAGACCUAGAGACCCCUUCCUUGGGAGCGCUCCGCAAACCGCCAGCUGGGUUCAGAGUGGUCCCCCGUCCAUGCAGCAGAGGCGUGAGGAGAUUGCUGUAUAGUAUAUGCUGUAUUAUAUUCUAAUGCUGCAAGCAGUGGGAGCAGCGCGGUCGGCUCCCGGCAUCAAAGAACAUAGGCAAGUUGCACUCAAUAAAGUGAAACACUGUAUACUUUUUCAAGCA